AUGGAUAGAGCGAAAAAAGUUGUCAACGAGAAGCACGAGAGCAUCUUACUUGAGCUUUCUAAACAACCCGGAAACGACACAUGUGCAGAUUGUGGCGCAAAAGGACCACGAUGGGCGUCCUACAAUCUUGGCAUUUUUCUUUGUAUUCGCUGCUGUGGGUUUCAUCGCAAAAUGGGAACCCACAUAUCCAAAGUCAAGUCGAUAACUUUGGAUUCUUGGACACCGGAACAGAUCGAGUCCAUGCGACAAUGGGGUAAUUUGAAGGCCAACGCCAAAUGGGAUCCUCAUCCAGAAUUGCAUCCUAUAUCAAUCACUGCUUCCGAUAGCGAAAUCGAAAGGUACAUACGGAAUAAGUACGAACGAAUGGCUUUUCGAGAUAAUAAGGGUUCACAAUCAAAAAACCCUGUUUCUUCUACGUCAUCGAAACGCUCCACAAAUUAUAGUACCAAAAAUGUUGAUCAAGGAAGUUAUGAUCUAGCACUUCGUCAGCUUAAAGAUAUGGGAUUUACCGAUAUGACCCGUAACCGCGAGGUUUUAGUUACGACAAAUGGAAAUCUUAGUUCAGCUAUUGAAAUUUUGUGCCGUUUGCCUGGCGGAAAUUCAAAGCCUGUGUCAUCUAAUUCCAAUAUUUCUAGCGCUUCCAAUGCUCCACCUAAAUCAGAUGAUGAAAAAUUGGCUCACCUAAAAAAACUUGGAUUUCAUGAUGAUGCAAAGAACCGUGAAAUUCUUCGACGGACUGGUGGAAAUGUAGAAGUGGCAGUCACAUUACUCACAGAAAAUCGUUCAUCUACGUCACAAAAUGCAUCCAAUUUAACCUUAAACAUUCCCCUUCAAAUGCAAAGCCAACAGACUAUUAGUGCAGCUCCUUCAUCACAAAAUCCCGGUUCACAACAAUUAUCUAGUCAGCAAUCUUCAAAUAUCUGGGGUGAAUUUUCUCAAGGCUCAGUGAACGUGCAACAGCAACAACAAAAAGCGAAACUAGAUAAGGAUGCGAUAAUGUCUCUUUAUAACACACCGAAACCAUCUGUCUACAGUAAUUUGAAUCAGACAUCCCAAUUUGGAACUCCAGGGGUCGGGAUAAUGCAAAAUCAGACCGGACAAUUUGGAAUGAUGCAACAACAAAACCAGACCGGACAAUUUGGAAUGAUGCAACAACAAAACCCGACCGGACAAUUUGGAAUGAUGCAACAGCAAAACCCGACCGGACAAUUUGGAAUGAUGCAACAGCAAAAUAAGGAAGGUCAAUUUGGAAUGAUGCAACAACAAAAUCAGGCCGGACAACUUGGUUUUCCUGUUCAGACAAAUGACUUCGGGUUGAAUAGUGCGGGAACACUCAAUAAUAAUAACAUGAUUCCUUACGGAAAUGUUAACCAACAGACUACCCCCUCUAAUAUGGCAUAUGCUGGAGUUCCUGUGAAUAAUUCUAAUUCUUUUGGGACUGGUGAUUUGAAUAAUGGAUAUGGUGGAUUGGGUAAUUUGAAUAGUGGAGCUAGCGGCUUGGUGAAAAACCCAGCAACAAAUUAUGGUUUUGGUGGGACACCAGGAUUUACUACAAGCAAUUCUACCAACACUAACGCAAUAAACACAAUGGGAACCUUAAACCGACAAAAUUCUAUUCCAUUCACUAACACACAACCAGCAUUUGGAUUAGUUGCUAAUAAUAACCAAACGAGCUUUGGAAGUUUAACUCCCUCAUAUUCAACAGUGACACCUAAUGGAGGAAUGAAUCAGCAACAAACUUCAUUGGCAUUAUAUAAUAUUCAACAUACUGGUGGUUAUCCUAAUGGUCAACAAAACCAUGGAUUCCAGAAAAAUUCACUUUUGUGA